UAUGUUCAGUGGGAGACCAUAUCCCAAGAAAAUACUUCCGGCGGUGUGAAGAAGAGAACUUGUAACUCCAACGUGCGUUAAAAAUUUGAUAUGUCAGUCUCGAGGAAAAUGCUAUAAAUUAUCGAGAAAUCCAUAAUAUCUCGUACAAAAUUUUUUGUUAGUGUGCGUCUGUGUGUUUGUGGCUUCCCUUUGGCUGUGUUUGUGUCAAUCCCAGCUGAAACGUGUUGAAAAGCUGUCAGCAAUGAUUUGAAGAAAUUUUCUUCUUUGGCUUAGUAAUUUGCUAAGUAAAAUUUAAUUCUUAUAUUUCCCCUCGACAGUUAUAUACAAAUGUGAAGCAAGAGGAUGAAAAUGAUAGGAAAUGUUGUGUGCAAUUGUGUGCAAAAUUCCAAAAUGUGUAAAAAUAUUGUGUAUAGUAUUAUGCCAGAAAAAGAUACUGUGAAUUAUAAUUCCAGAAGCAUUGUUUCAUCGUUUUGUGUUUUAAUGUAGUGUUUCCAAAACAGUUUUUCAGUGUUCUGACUUACUUUACAAAGUGACUUAAUGUAGUAUAUUAUGUGAACAAUGGUUGGUCACCUAGCUGGAGUUUAUUUCAGUAAUAGUUAUGGGUGACUUUGUGUUGUUUCAAGCUGUGUAUCCAUAUACACCACAUAAUCAAGGUGAACUUGCUCUUCAAGUGGAUGAUGUGCUGGAGAUAGCCAAUAUUCAUGUUAAAAGUGAAGGAUUGGUGACGUCAAAUGGUUGGCUCCAUGCCUUCAAUAGACGUUCAGGUGGAGAAGGCUAUGUUCCUAGUGCAUACAUUAAGCAGCUGAAUACUAACAGUGAAGCCUGCUGGCGGCUGGCUCCGCCAGCAGAACUGCCUCCUACCCUGGCUAGUCCAGGUAAUGAUUACAUUUGGGGGACCGGCAAAGUAGGAGUCAAGUGUGAAGACUGUCACGCCUGUUUCCACGCCGUGUGUCCGAUCAGCGAUUGGACGUCGGCUAACGUCGUGGAGUGGAUGGCAGCCCUUAACUUAUAUAGAUACGCUGACGUCUUCAAAUCGAAGGACAUCAAGGGCUCAGAUUUGCUGCAUCUGGACAGAGAAAAGCUGAUGAACAUGGGCAUCAAAGAUGAGUUUCACCAAAAAGCAAUUCUUGUGUGUAUUGAUGAAUUGUGCCGCCCUUCUCCAGAACCUGAUAACUCUUGUGUAGAAGAGGAUGUUGGUGAAAAGUCCCCCCAUAGAUUGUUGGAACACAGCUUUAGUAACUUGGAACGUUGUGAUAAGUGCAAUAAGUACCUGAGAGGGCUUCUGCACCAGGGCUUCCUCUGUCAAGAAUGCGGUCUGGUUGCUCAUAGAACUUGUUCAGCCACUGGGUUGCCUACUUGUCUCCCUGCAGCACUUGACCGGCCUACAAGACAUCAUUUCCGUUCAUUCUCCCCCACUGAAAGACCUGCACCACCUGUUGUAAUGCGUUGUACACAAGAAAUUGAAAUGCGAGCCCGAAAUAACAAUAGUUUGGAUUUGUACAAAUUAUAUCGCACAUCACCUCAGGCAGAUCAGUUAGCCGAAUUGAGACACAAAUUUAACGAAGAUGUCACAAGUGUCGAGCUGACAGAAUAUGAUCCUCAUUGUAUUGCUAGUGCAUUGAAAAAGUUCCUUCGUGAGUUACCUGACCCUAUCAUCCCUGUCCAGUGGUACGACAGAUUCCUUGAAGCAUCUCGUAUUCGCAAUGAUGAGCAGUGUGCUGCUUGUCUUUAUCAUCUGGUCCAAGAUCUUCCAGAACAUCAUCGUUCUACAUUACAUUUCCUUCUUUCACAUUUUUGCCGUCUAUGUCAACUGCAACAUGCACGUGGCAACAAAGAACCUCCAACAGUAUUGGUCCAAGUUUUGUGUCAUAUAUUUUUACGUCCUCCUUGGGAUCGCAUAAUUCAAGUGGUUUACAACACAGAAGCUCAUAUUAGAAUUAUGGAACUUCUGCUCCUUCAUGGAGACUGGGGUGAAAAGCUUCCAGAAUUUGCAUCUGCUCCUGCUCUUCCGCCUCGGAAAGUAAAUGAGAAACUAAUGGAUACACCCGAUGGAACAUUCCUUGUGCGUAAUGCUUCAAACAAAGGAGGAGAGUAUACACUAACUCUCCGUAAAGGUGGCACCAACAAAUUGAUAAAAAUUUGCCAUAGGAGCGGCAAAUACGGAUUUUCGGAGCCUUAUAAAUUUAAUUCUGUUGUGGAAUUAGUGCAGUUCUACCGUAAUGUCUCUCUAGCCCAAUAUAAUUCCACCUUAGAUAUAAAAUUACUGUAUCCUGUCUCCAGACUGCAACAGGAAGAUGAAAUAGCAAGUACUACAGAUGUUGAUAAAGUGGCACAGAAAUUAAGAGAAAUUCACAAAGAUUAUAAUGGAAAAUCUAAAAUGUUUACUGAUCUUCAAGAAGAUUUUUUUCGUUCUUCCCAAGAAAUACAGUUAAAGUUGCAGGCAUUGGAUGCUUUUCAGGAGGCCAUUUCUAUGUUUGAAGAUCAAAUGAAAUUACAAGAACGGUAUCAAAAAGAAGCCCAACCCCAUGAAAUUAAAAGCCUUGAUGAAAAUUCAGAAGUUUUGAAAUUGCGUCUAGAGUCUUUGAAAGAAAGCAAGCAACAAUUAGAUGAUAACUUAAAACAGCAAGUGGCUUUCAAUCGUAGUUUAGAAAGAGAAAUGAACUCCUUAAAACCUGACAUUAUCCAGUUGUUCAAACAAAAAGAGAGGCACAUGGCGUGGCUGAAAUCAAGAGGCAUCAAAGCACAUUUAAUAAAUCAGUUCCUAGCAGAUGAAAAUGCCUCCUCUUGGGGUCUUCAAGAUUUGGAAGCUGAUAGUGAUCUAGAAAAUUUGCCUCACCAAGAUGAGUCUAGUUGGUUGCUCCUAGAUUGCUCACGAACUAAGGCAGAGACUCUUUUAGCCAACUGUCCAGAUGGAACAUUUCUUGUGCGACCCAGUCGAACUGGCCAGUAUGCUUUGUCAAUAACGUGCAAAGGGACCACCAACCACUGUAUUAUCUAUAAAACAGAGAGAGGAUAUGGAUUUGCGGAACCUUAUAACAUCUAUGAAUCCUUAAAAUUAUUGGUACUUCAUUAUGCCCAGAACUCCUUAGAGGAGCACAACGAUUCUCUUACUACAAGAUUAGCAUAUCCAGUGUAUGCAGUAGCCCGUGUCCAGGAUGUGGGAGCUGCUGCCAGUACUGAAACUGGUUCUCCUGCCGCCUAUGGGUAUGUCUCCUCUUCCCUGCCUCGAUAAACAUUUGCCUAGCAGGUGGCUCAUUGACUGUGAUACAGAUCAUUCAUGGUAUUCAUAUGAAUGCCAGUCAUAUUUGUACAAACUAGUUCCACCGAUUUAAUAGUUCUAGAAAAAAUUCAAAUACAUAGUGAAGUUAGACUUUUUUUGUUUAUUUUUGUUCGAAAUUAGCAAUGCUGAAUAAUUGUGAGGUGAUAACAUCAGAAGAGCCAUUUGUGGCUUGAGAAAAGAUUUUAUUCCAAGUCUUAAUUCUGCUGUUCUGAAGAACAAAUAGAAUUUUGGCUGUUGCUCCCAUUUCAACGUGGCAAAUAUUAAUUUUUCUGGAUGUUAAAAUACUUUUUUCAUGUAAGUGCUGGUGUAGAUUUACCUGCUGAACUUUAUAAUUGUUAAUAUUGAAGGGAAUAAGAUUUCUAUUAAUGAUAAUUCUUAUUCUGAAUGUCAUAAAUUAUUACUACAUACUUGUGUAGUGAAAUAUUGAUGAGGAAUUGGAAGUUUCUUAUCAGUUAUUAAAUAUUGGAUUAAUAUUGUGACCUAGUCAUUUCUGCAGGUAUUUCUCACCUGUGUUAAUUGAAAGAGUAUUGGUAAAAACAAAAAGACAAAAAAAGCUUAAAAUUUAUGAAAAAUGAGUUGGGGGUUUUACUUAAAAAUGACUCCAGGACCAAACAUGUGCCAGUUGAGCAGAAAGUGCCAGUGAGAAGUUUGACUUCUAAGAGUGCAAGAGUAUUGGGUGAUUGGUACUGUAUGUUGUAAGCAUGUCUGAUUUCAUAAUAUUUUUUAUUGUCUUGAGAUGUAUGCUUUGAUACAUUUUUAUGAUUAAAUCUUGUAUCAUGUUCAUAGUAAAAUUGUUUUAUUUGUGUUCAAUGAAGAAUGUGUGUACUCUAGAUCUAUAAUUGCUUAAUUGUCAAGAUUAUAGUGAGAAUUUAGUUAUUUGUAAGUUGCAUUCUGUGCUUUCCCUCUCUCCUUCCCUUACUUUCUUUCAGAAAGUUAUGAACAUUGAUUGAAAUGUGAUGCAAUUGAAUGGAAAUAUAUUUUUUACCAUUAUAAUGUUGUACCAAAACUUUGUGCUCUGAGGAAAGUGUGGGUGCUCUAAGAAGCUGUUAGCUUCUUCAAGCUUCUUUCCUUGGAACUGUGUAUUGUAUGAUCUGACAAUAGAGAGUUUCCUUUACAGUGUUGUGAAUGUAAUUGUGCUGUUCAAUUUACCUGAAUCUUUUUAUUGCAAGUGCUAACAGAAUGUAUGGUGUCUUGAACACUUCAGAGCCGCAAUAAUCGGAGUUAAAAACUUUUAUAUAAUUGUUGGUAUCUAGCGUAGCAAAUUAGUGGUAUAUUGUGUGGAUGUGCAGUUCUGUGUUGACAAUCUUAUGUUUUCAAAACCUUUCACAUUUUCAAAGCUUCAUCCUAAGGGGUAAUAACUGGCCUGUACUGUAAAUUGGGAAUUCCAUGAGCUGCACUGGUGUACUUAGGGGGUUCAAGAAGAGUAUGGGAUAUGAAAAUAGUAACAAAAUGGUGCACAACAUAAGGCUUCUGUUGCUCAAGUAAAUCAUUGAUUGAAAAGCAUUUCAUGCUUCAAUGUGAUUGUAGUCAGUCUUCAUUUUUGAAGAAUGUUUGCAGUUGUCUUGUGGUACAAAGUAAAUUUGCGGUUCUGCUGAAUGAGAUUAUUCAAACUACAAAUUCACCAUAUGUUUUUGUGAUGGUUACAGUGAAACCUUGAUUUUACGUUUCAUAAUGAAUAUUUUUACAAUAUGAUUCAUUGAGUUUUGGACAUAGGAUCAUCCUCUCAGUCUAUGCCCUUCAUUGAUGUUCAGAACUACUGAUGAUGCAGAUGUGUGCGUGAGCCUCCAGAAGUGGACCCAUUGUAGGCAACAUUCGUAUAUGUGAUCAUGGGUUUUACUGGAACAUCAACUUCUCAUCAUGACAGUUUUUGGGAAAACAUAUAUGUACAUUGCCACCCUAUAUCUUAUUGCAUUAUUUGUAAUUUUUUGUUUGAAGUUUCAUCCUUAUGAAAAUAGUGUGUUUGUUGCAGUUCCAGUUCAAAUGUCUUUACAGUUGAAUGACGAAAGCCAUUUACAAUCUUAACAGUGAGCUGGGCAUCUAGAGAGCAUCCUUAAAUUUUUCUACACAUCUUAAUGUUGAAAUUAUAUAGUGUACAUUACUCCUCACUUCUUACAUAAAGGAGAGCUCUACAUACGUUUUGGAUUUGGCUUUCACAAGUUUUAAUCCGGCUCUGAUAUGUGUGUGUUAUUGCCAGAUGGCAAACCAUAUGAAAGAGUAUGUAUGAACUGUUUGGUCAGUACACAGCACAAUGUAUUUCUUUACUGAAAAUAAUGUGAAAAAUCAGGGUGAUACAAUUUUACAAGUUCAAGUGUGCAUACAACUAGUGAAGCUAAUUAUAUAUGAUGUAUAUAUAAAUGAAGGCUGAUCAUUCAAUUUCACUGCAUUGUUGCACCUACAUGAACUCAUGUUACUGGUAGUUCUAAAAGCUAGUCAAAUUUUGACAACUUUGUUGAGUUCCAAAAUGUAACUGUUUGUUUUCUUUGAGAAUGUGCUGUAGAAUGACAAAUUUCGUGGCUUUAUAGGCAAGUAAUUUUAUUGCUGCAAUAUUUUCAAAAAUACUACAUGUAUCAACUUCUUUUGAUAUAAUACCAGUUAGAUUCUACAAUGAAGUAUCAUCCUUGCCAAGUUCAGGAGAAAUUUUUAUUGCCUAAAUAUAACCACUUGUGACAUACAUAUGGCACCUACAAGAUCUGAAGAAUGUGAGAAAGAUAUGUUUUUCUUUAAAAGUAUCCAUUUUUAAGAAAGAAAUGUGAUGAGACUUGACUGAUGUGGCACAUUGAAUGUAUGUGUUUUAUAAACCAUAUGUGUGCCUUGGUUAUCUGUUAUAGUUUGUCCAGAAUUUCGAAUGUUGGUUUAUUAAUAAACGUAAAAUUUAAGUUUCACUGUAUUGUUUUGUGGUUGGCAUUUUAGUGAACUCAUUUUUAUAUUUACAUUCAUUUAUGUCAGUGAAUAUUGUAAUCCAACAUUUAAUGUUGUUUUUCACACAAAUUUCAAGAUAUUGUGAUUUAGAUAUAAAUACAAUUUUUCUGAAUUUAUUAAUUGUUUUUCACUGUGUUAUUUGUCAUGUGUUUUUGUUCUUGUCAGAGCAGUAUGACAACUUGAGCAUGAUUAUUACUCUUGGAGUAUGACACUUAUUACAAAAUAAAAAUAUUUUAUAUC